CUGCCUGGUUUCCGGGGUGCCUGUUUGUAAACAGAGAUGGCGACACCGCAGAGCCUCCCUCUCCUUUAGCAGGUGCAGCUUACCCCCAUCCCCGGGCGCGCUCUGCACCAUGGCCCGCUGCGAUGACAUCGAGCCUGAGGUGGUAGAGCAGCACACAGAGGAGGACAUGGAGAAGAUGGGCUCACGCGCCCCCUCGGCCCGGGUAUCGGAAGUCAUGUCCCCGGACGCAUCGGAGGGCCCCAGCAGCAGCCAGUCCUCCCACAGACUGCUGGCCUACAGCGACGCGCUCAUCUCCAUCAUCGCCACGGUCAUGAUCCUCCCUGUGGCCCACACUCCAGUGGAGACCAGUGAGGAGCUGAGGCAGAGUCUGCAGGUGCUGCUCUCCACAAAGAUUGCUGUGUAUCUCAUGACGUUCCUCAUCGUGUCCAUGGCGUGGGCGGCUCACAGCAGACUGUUCCAGGUGGUUAUACGGAUAGAUGACAACCUGGCACUUUUCAACCUGGUGUGCAUGAUGCUCAUCACCCUCCUGCCCUACACUUUCUCUCUGAUGGCGGCCUUCCCUGAGAACGUCCUGGGCAUCCUGCUGUUCUGCGGCUGUGUCAUGGUCAUCGGACUUGUGCAGACGGUGAUUGUGCUCUAUGCCUUCAGUCGUCCACACCUGCUCCACCCUCAGCUCCAGGGCAGCCCAGACCUCUCCCACUACCAACACCACAUCCUCCGGGUGAUCCUGCGGGUCCCGCUCAUGUGUCUGCUGGCCAGCCUGGCUGCAUCUGUCUGCUUUCAGCUGUCCUAUGUGCUGUUGGCCAUUGUGAUUUUCCUGCCUUAUAUGUCCCGCUGCCUGCAGUGGGCCCGGAGCAGGGUGCUGGGCCCAGUGGAGGAGUCCCCUGAGGAGCUUCUUCUAUACUCGUUCCUGCCUCAUGAGCCUCUGAGUAAAGAGCGUCUGGAGGCGUUCAGUGACGGAGUGUACGCCAUCGUGGCCACGCUGCUCAUCCUAGACAUCUGUGAGGACAACGUCCCAGACUCUUUGCUGGUCUCUCAGCGCUUCAAUGGCAGUCUGGUGGCCGCUCUGCGCUCCUAUGGCCCUGAGUACCUGGCGUACUUUGGUUCCUUUGUCACUGUGGGACUCCUCUGGUUUGUGCACCACUCUCUGUUCCUCCAUGUGACCAAAGUGACGCGGCUGAUGGGCCUGCUCAACACCUUCUGCUUGGCUUUUGUGGGCGGGCUGCCGCUAGCAUACCAGCUAACGCACGAGUUCCCCCGGCAUUCACAGAACGAGCUGGAGGCCAUCCAGAUCAGCUGUGUCAUCAUCUUCUUUGCGGGGCUUUUCCAGCUGUGCAUCUGGGUGGUGGCCUUGUACAACCAGCAUGAGUGUCUGCAGCCCAAUGUGCGCUUUGGAGGCAGCGAGCACCUGCUCAUGCUGGCCAAACUCUGGCUCUACCCCUGUGUGGCUCUGGGCACCUUCCUGCUCACCUGUGUGCUCAGCCAGUUCAGUGCACCCAUCUUCCACCUGAUGGAGCUCACCGUGCCCCUGGCCUUUCUACUGCUGCGCCUGCUUCUGAACCUCCUGCUGGGCCUGGUGCACCUGCUGCUCCUCCAGCUUCGCCCCUCCUCAUCCGAGGGGGGCUCCACGUCAUCCUACUCUGCUGUGGACACUUAGUCUCAGAGCACGUGUUUAGACCAGAGCUCAUUCUACACGUCCAGAUUAAUGUGAGAAUCCUAGUACAUUUCCUGCUCACACUAAAUAUCCUUGAUUUGCCUGAUUUAAUUGUAAAUGUAACUGUCUAUAGUCUAAUA